GAGAACGCCACGUCCACACUGAAGCGCAAACCUUUCAAACUUUUCCUUUUCCGGGAUCUGAAUUGCCAUUUUGCCUUUGAAUUGAGUUGUGUUGCGUUUUCGUUACCAAUUUCCGGUCAAGUGUAAGAUGUUCAGAGUGGAUGCCGGUCCAGAACUAGAAGUACCCAACGAUAAUCAAUUGAACAGCCACUCCCUUGUGUUCGGGCUGCUCGCGGCCCAUGAGUGAAUACCAAAAAUUGCGCGUAACUGAAACUUAUCGCCUUCUAGCAAUCUUGCCCAGCUUUGCUGUUCAGACUCCUCGCAUCACCGGUUGCCUGCAUCGUCCUAAAAUAGUUCGCCUAAGAGCCCACGCACACGACUGUGAUCUUAAAUUAGGCGCCAGCUACUUAAUUACCUGUUAUUUCUCCGGAUCGGCUACAACAUAUCAGCUAGAAGCAUGCCAUCUGGAAAGCAAUUAGUCCGCCGUCGGCGCAUUGCCGUCAAGCUGCAGGACUUCUUGCGCGACGACGACGAGCAGUCACCAAUAAUGCCAUCUCCUUCCCAGUCGCAAGUGCAAACCGCUGAAUCGCAAUUGCAAAAAUCGAGCUCCAUAGGCACAAUCCCAUCAAAUGGGCACCUUGAAUCCGAUGUGACACCAAUCAUGACUCCAACUCCGCAAAGCGAGGAUCAGGAGAAGGACGCUGCUGUGAAUUUGCAACCAACUGUGAGUGCUUGGCGCUUGACUGGAGAAAACAGCCAGCCCGAUGAGAACUAUACACCGGAUACCGAACAGUUUCCGGAGUUGGGAAAGCGAUUGAAGAGAGCCAAACAGCCGACGCCAAAUUCAGAGGAAGAUGUUGUCAUCUUAGCACCGACUCCUGGUCAGCGUUCGCGAGGACGUCGCGGUCGCCCAUAUUAUCCUGUUUUGGAAAAUUUCAUUCCAAAACCGGUGCUCCCAACAGUGGACAAUAAUAGUAACAAGCAGCAAUCGGUGGCCAAGUGGCUGGAUUCCGUGCGUCCUAGUGACAGUCAGCCGACAGUCAACAAUCAGGCAAAUGGUUCGCCUCCAAAAAGCGUCAUUAUCUUGAAAAAGAAUUCUACACCGCAGCAGACGCCAAAUGGUGUUGACCAGCUUGCUCAGAAGCAGCAGCAGAAUCCUCCUAGCGAUCUUAUACACCAGCAGCAGCAGCAGCAGAAUAUUGCCGUCAAUCCACCACAACUGGAGCCACAGCAGCAAAAGAUUACUCAAAACUCUAGUCACGAACAGAAAACCGUUGGAAAUUUGACUCCACAACAGCAAACUUCGGCUGGAAACUCUACGCCGCAACAGCUAAAGAGCCCUAUCAUAACUUUAAAGCAGCAGCAGCCAAAUAGAUCUGAAAAGAGUCCUGACAAUACCAUCCAACAGCCAAAGAAAAGUCCCAAUCAUUUCAACCAACAGCUGCAGACGAGUCCCAUUCAACAGCAACAGCAGCAGAAGAUCCCACCGAAAAGACCUGGCAAUUCCUUCAAUCAGCCACCGAAGAGCCCGGUGAAGAAGGCACUUGGUGUCUACAAUUCCUCGAUUCCAGUUCGCGUUGACACUGGUUUGCGCAGACAGCGGCCAACGGAGUUCACCCAAGCUGGUGCUCACAGUGGUGGUGGUGGCCAUGAGGAUAACGAUGUUGUGCCGCCGACGCCGAACGCCCAAAGCCAGAGACCCAUGUCGUGGAGAAUUCCACGACGUAACCAGAACCAACGUAGUCAGCAGUGGAUGAGCCAGGACAUUUGGCAAUCCUCGCCAGAGGGAUCGCCAGAAGAUUCAACAGUGGGAUCGCCAGGGGAACAGAUUGUGCAGCAUCAGCAGCAUCAGCAGCUGCAGCAGCCGGGAAACACGCCGAUUCGCGACGUUCGGCAGUUGGCCAUGCACAGCAGACUGAACUCGAACGCCAAGGAGUUCCGACCCGGACAGAAUCGCGCGACCGGAGGAGCAAAUGACCCAGAAAUGUUUCAAGAGCAGCCAGCACAGAUCUAUAAUCGCGGAUGCCGAACUACCAGAAGACGUCGUCGCCAGCGGAUUCUGCGCUCUCUAAUUGCGGAAAACUUACGCUCGCAGGCCGCACAAAAUCCAGAACGGAGGCAGGGACUCCUGCCCACACCACCGAUACCGCCGAAUUACUACGGCAGUGCUCCAGUUUACCAGCAUCCUGUUCAAGCAGCAGCAGCACCACCACCACCAUCUGCUGCUCCUCGACCGCUGGCUAACCAAACAGCGAUGUCGCAGUUGGCCCCCUUGCCACUGAUACCACCAGAAACGAUUCAAAUGAACACCAGCAAUCCCCCGUCGAUAGUCUAUUACAAUCCGACGACGGGAAGUGUUUGGAACGAUCCACCGGCGCAGGUUGCCAUCGAUAUUCGCAAUCGCAAUGCCAGCCAGUCGGGUUUUCGGCUUGCCAGCCUCCCAUGCACUGGUGUGGGCACCCUCGAUACGGAUUUCUCUAUCAGGCGAUUACGCCACAGCCCACCCCACAGCCCCCUCCCAUCCAGUAUUUCCGGCCCGAGCCAGUUUACGCAUACUCUCAGUUCCCCGCCGAUGGGAGAUCGGCGGCAGGCGGAGGGGGUGGAGUUGGGGGAGGAGGAGGAGGAGGAGGAGGAGGGGGAGCCGGAUGCAAGUAUGAACCAGGUCGAGCCCCUGUUGUACAGCGGGCCGCUGUUGGAUAUGGACCGCGAAGAUACCCAGCCGGAGCAGCAGGAUCCCCUUUUCUCGGAUUGGGGCUCGGUGUGGCACGCCUCGCAGCCUCUCCUGCCCGACGAGCCAGGCGGCGAGCCCAGCGACGCUAUCGCUAAGGAUACGGAUCCUCCGCCGGACGAGCGCCACAAGAUAUUCCGUGCGCCCGUCGAACACGAUCCCAAACCAGAUUUAAACUGUGUGCCGUCGACCAUCAAGAAGCUGCAUCACCUGAUCUCGUCGCAGUAUUCGGACUACUCAUUUGUCUACGCGCUGAGCGCCCAGCUGAGCCAGGAGUGCGUGCCCAUGGAUUGCUAUGUCUACCUGAAGAUGGUGCUGCUGGCCAGCAUCGUUUCGAUUGAACCGGACGAGGUCCGCGCCCCGAUAUCGCUGUGCAUCAUUGCCACCGACGGCCUGAUGACCAAUCGCCUGAUGAGCAAAGUGGGCCAGCUGGCUCCACGUUUCCUGGGACCGCACGACCACGGACUGCAACCGACCUUCAGCGCUCUGCCGGCGCGCUUCAAUUGGGUGGUGGCCAGUCCCUUGCUGAUGGCCCAGCAGGGUGUUUACUACGCUGGCGACUGGACGCGCUUGUCCAAGGAGCAGGCCUGUCAGCUGGAGAAGUGCAUUGAGAACGGAGCGGUACCGGUGACCCAGCUGCAAAUCGAUCAGCCCCUCGAGGCGGCCGUGUGGACACACUGGCAGCCGGAGAAUUCAAACAAUCAGACGCUGGUCCUCGCCAAACUGUGCCCAAUCUUUGGCCUGCCCAUUUAUAUGGGUGAUCAGGUGAGCGACAGCCUGUGGAACCUUAUAAUCCAGCAGCACAGUGCUGAGGGACAGGAUGUGGCAAAAGAUGGCCUUAACAUUCCCGAGGACGACAUGCGCAUGCUCCUCCAUCUGCUGCACCAGCGCAAAACCUCGUUUACCGAUCGCGCCCAGUACAUGCUACAAAAAUACUAUGUGAUUUCCCGAAAAGAGCGACCCAAUGUCUUUUCUAGCAAGACGUACAUUGUGCUCAAACAAUUCGCCGAAUCCUUUGCCAAACUUGCCUUGCGACUUGAGGUUCUUGAGGCAGAUGUCUGCGUGGCGAUCUUCCAUUGCGAGCACUUUGUGCAGCGCAUUUUCGGAGCCAAGGAGCACUUGCCACCGCCGUCGGUGAUCACGUUCAAUGUGAUCUCCCGCAUCGAUCCGUACAUGAACGAAUUUGCCCGCUGGCUGCUGCAGUAUCUGGAUUGCUACGAGGACGAGGAGCUGGGAAUGCAGGCGGCCAAACGUCGGCGCACAGACAGCUGGAGCAUGCCUUAAAUCUUUUGGGGAAAAAAGAAAAAAGGCACUACACUCCACUUAGUCCGAAAGAAACAACUUGCCAUUGAUUUAGAAGUAUCCUAGAUUUAUAACCAUUGAUUACUGGGAUAUUUUCAAUACGUUUUGUAGUUUUAUAUAGAUGGAUUUACAACAUUUGUAUGUGUAAACAAAAUCGGCCCUGGGGCCAGACAAUACUACCUCUAAUGUAUUCACUAUUUGCGUAUUUCAAACAACACCUGAAACGCACUCAAGCAAAGUCAAAAUUUGUAAACAUUUCUUCUUUCCAUUCGCUUUUCUACUUGAUUCAUUCGGUAUAUGUUUUGUGUAUAUCGCUCUGCAAUCGCGGAUAGCUCUUAAAAAGUUAUAUGCGUGAUAAUCACCUAAUUUGUCUUUUGAGAAUAGCGAAGAAAUUGUCCAAAUUUUGAGUCAAAAUGUUGAUUAAAUUAAAUGGGUGCCCAAACGUA